UGUCAAUUACCUAUCAACUUUGAUUUGAUUCGGACGUCCAGUUUUAUUUUGCAAAAUAAUUUGUUGAAAUUCACUGCAAGUAGUGAAGUUGCUUGUUAAUUGUAAUUAAAAAAAAUUAUAUAUAUAGCUACUUACUAUCACUAAGCACUCGCUUUUAAUCAGUUUCUAUUAAAACAAAAUGGCUAAGACAAGAGUUUAUGUUAUUGGAGUUGGUAUGACCAAGUUCGAAAAGCCAGGAAAACGCGCCGAUGUUUGCUACCCAGAUAUGGCCAAAGAGGCUGUCACAAAAGCCCUAGCAGAUGCCAAAAUAAGCUACAACGAAGUGCAGCAAGCUUGUGUUGGUUAUGUUUAUGGCGAUUCAACCUGUGGACAACGUGCAGUUUACGAAGUUGGCAUGACUGGAAUUCCUGUCUAUAAUGUAAACAACAAUUGCUCAACCGGAUCAAGUGCUCUUUUCUUGGCAAAACAAAUUGUUGAGUCUGGCAACGUCGAUUGUGUUCUUGCAUUGGGCUUCGAGAAAAUGGAAAAGGGAUCACUUUCAUCAAAGUUUUUUGAUCGAGUCAAUCCAAUGGAAAAGCAUGUUGAGUUAAUGAGUAAUCUUGUUGAUAUUGAAGCUGCACCUAUGGCGGCACAAAUAUUUGGAAAUGCCGGUUUGGAGCAUAUGAAAUUAUACGGAACCAAGCCUGAACAUUUUGCAAAAAUCGCAUGGAAAAACCAUAAACAUUCUGUUAAUAAUCCCUACUCACAAUUCCGUGAUGAAUACACUUUAGAUCAAAUCUUAAAGUCGCCAAAAAUCCAUGGAGUUCUCACUAAGCUUCAAUGCUGUCCCACGAGUGAUGGAUCAGCUGCUGCAAUUAUUGCAUCAGAAGCCUUCGUUCGUCGUCAUGGUCUGGAAGCUCAGGCUGUUGAAAUAGUUGGAAUGGAAAUGGCCACUGACCCCGAGUCAAGUUUCAGUGACAAGAGCCUGAUGAAAAUAGCUGGUUACGAUAUGACUAAACUUGCUGCAGAACGUUUAUUCGCUAAGUCUCCUUACAAACCUCAAGACGUUGACGUUGUUGAGUUGCAUGAUUGUUUUUCUGCCAACGAACUGAUAACUUAUGAAGCCCUUGGCUUGUGUGCACCUGGAAAGGCUGGCGAAAUGAUCGAUAACGGUGACAAUACAUAUGGCGGAAAGUAUGUUAUAAAUCCUAGUGGUGGAUUGAUCUCAAAGGGUCAUCCAUUGGGUGCUACAGGUUUGGCUCAGUGUUCUGAGAUUGUCUGGCAACUGAGAGGCCAAGCUGAAAAACGUCAAGUACCAAAUGCAAAGAUUGGUCUUCAACACAAUCUUGGCUUAGGCGGGGCAGUUGUAUUGGGCUUGUAUCGUUUGGGCUUUCCAAAUGCAAUCAAGAAAGUUUCACAAAACUUAACUAGUGCCAGUAACCUGGCAGACUCUCCCGAAGGAUUCAAAGUUGCUCCUUUGUUGAAGAUACUCGAACAAGCCAUGUUAGAAGACACUGAUAAUCUGAUUGAAAAAGUUCGAGCAAUAUACGGAUUUAAGGUGACAAAUGGACCUAAUGGAAAAACUGGUUUCUGGAUAAUCAAUGCUAAAGAGGGGAAAGGAAAAAUUACUUUCAACGGAACAGAUAAACCAAAUAUAACUUUCAUUGUGGCUGAUGAAGAUGUGACUGAUUUAAUAUCUGGUAAACUACCUCCUCAAAAAGCAUUCUUCCAAGGCAAAGUCAAAAUUCAAGGAAAUAUGGGCUUGGCUAUGAAACUAAUGGAUUUGCAACGAAACGCCCAAAGUCGUAUUGAUGUUUUGCGAGCAAAAUUGUAGAUUUGUUUUUGCUUCUUUAUGCAUUUCCAAAAGUUUUAUUGGGGAUCCUGGUUAAUAUUGUAUAUUUUUUAUCUUUUAGCUUUAAAGUAAAGUCGGUGAGAAUGAUUCCAUAGUCAAGUUUGGCAGAUAUUUUUGUACUGUUGAAAUUGUGUUAUAUAUUAGGAGAAAUAAAAAAAAUAAAUUGGUUAUUUGUUAA